AAGCUCUCUCUCUCUCUCUCUCUCUCUCUCUCUCUACAAUGGCGCCCAAGGCCGAGAAGAAGCCCGCUUCAGAGAAACCAACAGAAGAGAAGAAGGCGGAGAAAGCUCCUGCAGAAAAGAAGCCAAAGGCAGAGAAGAGGCUUCCAAAGGAAGGAGGAGGAUCGACCGGAGACAAGAAGAAGAAGAAGAGAUCGAAAAAGAAUGCGGAAACUUACAAGAUCUACAUCUUCAAGGUCUUGAAGCAGGUACAUCCCGACAUUGGGAUCUCCAGCAAGGCAAUGGGGAUCAUGAACAGCUUCAUCAACGAUAUCUUCGAGAAGCUGGCUCAGGAAUCGUCGAAGCUGGCUCGCUACAACAAGAAACCCACGAUCACGUCGAGGGAGAUCCAGACGUCCGUUCGCCUCGUCCUCCCUGGCGAGCUCGCCAAGCAUGCCGUCUCUGAAGGGACGAAGGCCGUCACCAAAUUCACCAGCUCUUGAAUUGGUAAUUGGAUAUUUUUGGGAUGUUGAUCUGCUAAAUUCCCCAUUUCCUGAAUUGGGAAUUGGUUUU